CUGAAAUUUAAAAACACUAAGAAACAAUACGGACUCUGACCGAAUAAUGUGAGGUGAUCGUGUCGAUUAUUUCGUUGAACAAAGUUAAAAUACCUAUAUGAAAUUGUGCGAAAAUAUUUUCUGGCGGAUACACUUCGGAGCCAGUAGUUUCGUUGUAACUUUAAGAAAUGGUCCUUUUCAAUAUAUUGUCUGUUUAUUUGACUUACAAUAGUCAAAAGGAACAGAGAAGUCCCACCAGCUUUUAUGUUUGGUUCAUAGUAGAUUUACUCAUCAUGAUACUUACGACAGUAGGUGCUAUGGUCUUAUAUAAUACAGUGAAACCUAUAACCACUUUCUUCGACAGUCACAGUUAUAUGGUACUGAUUAUUUUUUCAGCCGGUGCUGUUCUAUUAUUUCUUUGUGUGUUCGUGACAAACAUUCAAUCGAAUUAUCUUGCUGUUCGUAUACUCCUUGGAAUUGUAGUUUUACUGUGGUCUGUCAGUUUCGCCACUGAAUUUCAAUCUGUUCAAACAAAUUUUGUAUUUGCAUUGUUAUCGCUUGGUGUGACAGUUGUAAUAACGACAAUAGCAGCUGUUUCUGCUUUGAAAUUACCACCUUUAAAUGAAAAAGGCUUUGUCGUUUUCACUACAAUAUCAAUGCUCCUUGCACUU